GGAAGGGCGUUUUAUACUAAAAAAAAGUUAUAAAAAAAAAAAAAGAAAAGAAAAAGACAAUAGGGUUACAUCCCGGUGUGGGAGGAACAGUAGCGCGGCGGAAGUGCAGGUGCAGCAUCAGCGGCAUCAGCGGCAGCGGCGGCACCUUAACAGGACAACAGUAGUUGGUAGUAACGCAGCGGGAGUGAGACAGGCUUCACGGGCUGGAGACAAACUGUCAUUCCCGACCGACGAACACAGGGAUAGCCCUUAAACCUCUCAUCAGCGACGGGUCUGCGGGCACAUCGACAUGGCUCUGAACCAGAACCACUCGGAAUCCGGUGGAGUCAUCAUCAACAACAGUGAAAGUGUGCUGAUGAACCAUGAUAAUGUUGAGCUGCUUUUUUGUGAUGCUGACAGCCUCCCCGAGUCCUUUAGGAAGAGUAAGAAGGGAAGCGUUUACUUAACUCCCUACAGGGUGAUCUUCGUGGCUAAGGGGAAAGAUGCUUUGCAGUCCUUCAUGAUGCCCUUCUACUUGAUGAAGGGCUGUGAGAUCAAACAGCCUGUGCUUGGGGCCAAUUACAUCAAAGGCGCAAUCAACGCUGAGCCUGGAGGUGGCUGGGAGGGCUCUGCUACCUUCAAGCUGGUUUUUGCUGCCGGAGGAGCCAUAGAGUUUGGACAGUACAUGCUGCAGGUUGCAGCUCAGGCUUCCAGGGGUCAGCCUGUGACUGCUGGGUUUGGUGGCUGCCCUUACAUGGCUAACGGGGCCUAUGCUUGUCCCCCUCCCCCUGCCAAUGGGAUGUACCCUGCUGGACCUCCACCUGGCUACUCCUACCCCAACCCACCUCCUCCUCCAGGUGGAUUCUACCCAAAUCCCCCAGCUUUUGAUGGCCCUGCAGCUUACAUGCCUCCACCUCCCUACUCUGCCCCGCUGGGCCAGCAGCCCACACAUGAUCCAGACCUGCCCUCCACAUCAGCAGCUGAAGCCAAAGCUGCGGAAGCAGCAGCUAGUGCCAGCUGUGCAACACUCCCUCCUACACAUGUCUACCUACCACAAGACAAGCCUCCUCCCUACUCUCCUCCUGAAGACAAGAAAAACCAGUAGACGUGCUUCAUCCCACCUGCAACUCCGAUUCCCACCUGUAACCUGUCUGAUCUACUCCUCUGGAUUACCUCCUCUCUUCUUCCUUGUUAAC